AUGAAACUUUAUGUUUCCACGGCUUAUUAUACCUCAUCUCUUUCUAGUCAAUUGUCUGCCAAUGAAACCUUGACUAGAAACAAUUAUAUAAGAUGGAAAGGAGAUGUAGAGAUAGCACUUGGUCUUUUAGACUUGGAUUUUGCAAUGCAGAAAAAGAAACUUGACAAACCCACAAAUAAGAGCAAUAUUGAAUAUGUAGUUGAGUAUGAAAAGUGGAAAAGAGCCAACAAACUCUGUUUGAAAAUUAUUAAGCGCUCUAUAUCUGAUUCUAUUAAGGGUGCUUUCCCAAACAAUAAAAAUGCUAAAGUCGAAACUGAAGAUCUGAUGGAUAAAUUGAUGAGUAUGAGAUGUGAUGUUACAAGUUGUGUUACAGAGCACGUUAUGAAGAUGACAAAUAUAUCAUCUGAGCUAAAGGCUCUAAAAAUUUUCCCUUGGCCUUAG